AUGCUGCCCUAUCAAUACAGCCCCAUCACUGCUGAAGAGCAUGGCUUCCGUCUGCUUCGACUUCAUCCAGCAACAACGCCGCACAUUGAGAUUGACAUUAUUCAUGCAUCGUUGAAAGAGGCCAAAAUAAGACUGUACGAGGCGGUCUCUUAUGUCUGGGGUUCAUCACAACUCGUCAGCUCAGUCUAUGUCCAAGGGUCGUAUUUAAAUGUCACCAACAACCUGGAAUUGGUUCUGCGGGAUCUGCGAUACCCUCAUGAUGAGCGGUGGCUCUGGAUCGACGGUAUCUGCAUCAACCAGAAUGAUCAACACGACCAUGAAAAGAAGGAGAAGAACCAUCAAGUCAAGCAAAUGGCAAGAAUCUACAGCAAGGCAACCAGAGUAUUAGUUCAUCUUGGUCGCCCAACGAGUCUGACUCCUGUAUUAAGGGAUACCCUUGUUGAACUGGAAGAGCUGGAAGUGCUAAGUGAUCUGCAAGGUGAUGAACUCACCGAGUCAGAUGCACGAACCGUGUGGCAGCGGGUAUCUCGCAUCCUUGGCGAGUCAUACGUUGACUUCCAAUAUAGGAUCAGGCAGGCCGUUGAAGAAGUUCUCGGGCAUCCGUGGUUCACACGAAUUUGGGUCGUUCAAGAAAUCGCUUAUGCUCGCGAGGCUCGCGUCUACUGGGGCACCGAAGGACUCUCGGUGCCUUGGUUCGUGGCUCUAGUUCAGAUACUCGACAUCAAGAGGAAUGGGCACCAGGACGCUCUUCUAAACAUGAUGCCUCGGCGCUACCGGCGGACGUCUCCUUUUGGCUCUAGCCAAGAUCUUCUUCACCUGCUUCAGUCGUUUAAGGGAGCACAAGCAUCAAACAGCCACGACAGGAUCUUCGCCCUACUGAAUAUGUGCGAGCACGGCAAAGGUCAGGGAAGCAUUGUUCAGGACUAUUCUCGACCUCUACAAUCUGUUGUUCGCGAGUCCAUUGCCUACAUGUGUUUUUGCGACAAGGAUGAUGUCCCGCCAGAACUCGAAAGAAUGGACCGCCUCAUGGACGGAAUCGACUUCUUAUUAAACGAUCUCCUUGUCCACUUUGCAAGGCAUUCACGGUUGAAGAGUUUAAGAUCAUUGUUAUCAAAUCGAAUGGAUGAGACGAUUAUCUCGUUCGAGAUACUCGAGAGCGCAUUCAAACAUAUCGUUAACAAGGAAGUCAUUGAUAUUCUACUCGAUCAUCAUCCUGAUGCGUCUGCCAUCAUACCAGAGGUGAUUCAAAUCGCAAUCAAGCAUGGCGCGGACAAGGAAAUUAUUAUCCACUUAUUCGACUACGCGCCCAACACAGCCUUUAUUACACCGGAAAUAAUUGAGACCGCAGCCAUGGAAGAGGUGCAUGAAGAUGUUUUUCGUCUCUUGUUCGAUCACCUAUCUGAUACGAUUGCUCUUCCCGAGAAGACAAAUAAAGGCGCUGCCGAGACCCCGCUCGGUACAGCAAGUACCGAUGCUGUGAUCGAUAACCUGUCUGAUACAUCUUCUGUUCAGGAUGAGACACAUAAAAGCGCUGACGAGACCCCGCUGGGUACAGAAGUUGACGAUGCUUUAUUCAAUCAUCGCUUUGAUUCAGCUUUCGCUACACCAGAGAUCAAGGAGAGCGAAAUCAACAGUGGGAUUAGCCAAGAUGUCAUUGGUAUUUCACUCGACCACCAGCCCAGUACAGGCGUCAUAAGUGACUGGGCCAAGGCUUCGGCCCAAGCAUUAUCGCAACAGAGACAUGAUGUGGCUGAGCUCGUAGCUUCGCAGUGUGCAGAGAAAUUUCCACGCCUCGCAAAAUGGAUUCGAGCGGAAAUAGACAUGGCAAAGAUAGGUGGGUAUGGAAAUCGCCGCUGGCUGGCCCCAUUGUGGCUCGCGCUGCUUCACGGCGACGUUGAUGAUGUACAACAGCUUCUCAAAGGAGGCGCCGACGUGAAUGGCCGAGGGUACCAGGGUUUGACGCCCCUGCAGUGGGCGGCAGCUGAUGGCAAGGUGGACGUUGUCAACGUUUUGCUUUCACAUGAUGCAGAUAUUAAUGCCAGGACGACGCGAACGUCCAUCAGGGCUGGAGAACUAGCUGAAAAAUACGAAGUCCGGAUUAUAUCCGAUUGUGGUGGCAGCAUUGAGACUCUGGACUUUUCCAAAAAGACAGCUUUGGCGUUGGCUGCGCAGUUUGGAAGAGAGCAAGUUGUUCAGGUUUUACUUGACUGCCACGCCGAUAUCGAGGCUCGAGACUUUUUGGGGCGGACACCAUUGGGACUCGCUGUAGAACGCGGGAGACGGAAUGUUGUUCAAAUCUUGCUUGAUCAUGGGGCCAACGUUGAGGCUCGAGAUCGGUUUGGCCGGACGCCCCUUUCCAUGGCUGCCAGUGGAGGCUUUGAUCGCGUCCUGUCGCUGGGCAAUUCAAAGAGAGGACAGGAUAUCGUCAAACACCAUAUGGAAGGCCAAUUUAGGAAGAUGAUGAGACACCGGAUAGAUAUGGAGCUCUUGAAUAUUGAGAGUGAUCCCAGAUCUAGCCUCAUUACACCAAUCGAUCAAGUGUACUCGGAUCUGGUCAUUUUGCUGCUGAAGCAUGGUGCCAAUGCCAGUGCCGCCGAUCAACUUGGUCGGACCCCGUUGUGGUGGGCAGUCAAUCGUGGCCAUCAAUGUGCAGUCGAACGGCUCCUCGAUACAGGAGUCAAUGAGAACCACACUCACGUUGGCGGUAUGUCGUUGUUAUCGUGGUCAAUCUGGAACAAUUUCCCCAGCAUCACGCUCCAAUUAAUGGAAAGCAACAGCAGCGAUAUCUUUUCGAUAAACGAUGCCUUGCAGUGGGCAGUUCGGGCUGACAGCACAUCCCUACUGAGGGCACUACUCGAAAAGCGAGCCGUGAUUGAUGCUCCGCUGGGCUUGGGCCAGUCACUGAUUCUGAUGACUGUUGCAGAAGACAAUGCUGCCGCGAAACAAGUCUUACUUGACCAUCCUGCGAUUUUUGCCAGUUCUUACUAA